AUGUUAGAUCCAAAACUCGAAGUUUCAGAUGAACUUGCUACAAAUAACAAUGCUAUUUUCAUAACUCCUCAACAAUCACCUGUUUGUAACAAUAACAAUAACCAUAAUUCAGCUUUUGCUGUUGUUCAUAAUCAACAGCAACAACAUACUGCUAAUAAUAACUGUAUUCGUAUAUUAGGAAUAAAUCAAAAUGGUGCUAAAUCUCGUGUAGAAACUCAAAUUAAAUUGUGUUUGCAACUUGUCACUGAAAGAGGAGAAAAAGUCACAUGUUGGUCUCAUUUACAAUUACCCGAAUACAUGGUCGCAAAAGAAAAGUUCAAAAUAAAAAAUUCAAAAAAUCCUUCUGAUCAUUUCUCUAAUGUUUUGCAAGAUCAUAUAUUAAAUCUGGAAGCAUCUGUUGUUUGUGCAAGUGACACAACAAAAAAAGUUCUUGCUUGUCUUGGUUGUGUUCAACGUGAGAGAAAACGUUCACAACAUGAUAAUAAUGAGUUUACGGAUUUAGAUGAUGAAAAAAUAAUGCAAUUGGAACAAAAUAAAAUUCUUUUAUUUAAUUGUAAUCAAAUUGUUGAUUUCAAUAGUGGUGAUAUUAUUUUACCAACAAGAAUAACUUAUCAUACAAAUAAUAUUAUUGCAACAGGAAUGUCACCUCCUAUCAUGAUAACUGAUGAUCAUAAAUCAUCUAAAAUAAAAAAUGGAAUGGCAAAAAAACGUUUAAGAACUGAACAUGGUCAUAGUAAUACAAAUAAUUCAUCCAAAAAAAUUUUAAACGAUAGACAACACCAUAAACCUUCCUCUCCGCUUCCUUCUUCCACCUCAUCUCCUUCUAGUAACGUUUAUAGGAACAACAACAACAGUAAUAAUUUAAUGAUGAGCAUCUCUCCAGCUGAAAUUCAACCAGAUUCUUCACUGUUAAAUGACUCAAAAGACACUUCAUCACCUUUAACUUCAUCUCCUCAAUUAUCAAAAAAUAAUAUAAAACAACAAGCUCCUUCAUUGGAAACCACUCCAAAUUUAAUUUCUUCCAUUUCACCUAUUCAUAUUGCCCCACAAAAUCUAUCUAAUCUUUCGAAUAAUACCAAUUCAUUAUCGUUUCAACAUAACCAACAACAAUACCCUCCCCGAUUGCACGAUCAUCAACAAUUUGAUCAAACUUCUAUCAUGGAAACACCUGCAUCUCAGUAUAACUUUGCUUCUUCAAUAAGAAACAAUGAUAAUGCAAAUGUUAUCAAUCUAGCAUCAAUAAGCUGUUCUAAUUCUAUUUAUGAUCCAACACAGUUACUACAAAAUUUUGAUAGUGAUCCUACAAGAUUUAACAUCAACAAUGCAAACACAAGAAGUUAUGCUGAUUCAAUAAGACUUCAUAAUUCACAUAUUUCUAACAAUCCAAUGAUCAGAAGAUCUUUCUAUAAUUCAAAUGGAAAUAUAACUAGUGCUGCUGCUUCCACAUACCAGAAUAACACAAUGGCUGAAUUCCAAAUACCGAAAAUGAACAAAUUAAUACCUUCAGAAGGUCCAAUGUAUGGUGGAAUUGAAGUAACUGUUUUAGGAAGUGGUUUUUAUGAUGGGUUGACCUGUGUUUUUGGUGAAAUACCUGCUCUUCAGACACAAUUUUGGUCACCGAAUGCCUUAGUUUGUUAUCUUCCACCUUCACCAACCCCCGGACCAGUUGCUGUUACUUUCAAAGAGCAUACUAAUCAAGACUUUACUAUUUUCAAUUAUACUAAUAAUACAGAUCGUGCAUUAAUGGAAUUAGCAUUACAAGUCAUAGGGAUGAAAAUGACUGGAAAGGUUGAAGAUGCACUCGAUAUCGCCACAAGAAUUAUUCAGACUGAUUACAAUGAUAGUAUAUCUUUACAAAAUCGUCAACAACAUACCAUGUUGCAUUUUGCUGCUACGUUAGGCUAUCAAAAAUUAUGUUCUGUGUUGAUUGAAAGAGAAAUCGGCUUGGAUGUACAAGAUGAAUAUGGGUUCACAGCUCUUCAUUAUGCUGCAUGGACCGGAAGGAAAGAAAUAGUGAGAUCCCUUUUGUCAGCCGGCGCUGAUGAUGAUAUUUUAAACUUCAAUUAUCAAAGUUCAAUAGAUUUGGCAAUUUCCAGAAAUUUUAAUGAUAUUUCUGACUUAAUUUACGACUAUGAUUUUCAAGAUUCGGGUGUAUCAUUAUCACAAACAUCAUCUAAUGAAACAAUUGAUGAUUCUGAUGAUUAUUUGAAUAGUUAUAAUAAUCAUGUUAAUACUUUCCAUGAUCAUGAAUCACAUUAUUCAAUUAAUAAAAGCUAUUCAAACGAAAAUGAUUUAAGAUCAUCAUCAUCACCAUCGUUUAAUAUUGAUCAAAACUCUUCUUUAAUAAAUGAUGUAGAAGUUUCACCAAUUUCAUGGGGAAUUGUUGAUGCAGAGGUGGUUGAUAACAAUAACGGUGAUGUUGUUGUCGGUAAUGGUAGUGUGAAAAAUGAGAAACAACAUUUUUCAGAAAUGGCCACAGAUUUAGCAACUGCAUCAACUGUUUGGCUACAAAAAACUUUUGCUCAUUUACAUAUGCCAGCUAUAAGCAAACCUUCUCAAAUCAAUACUUAUUUACCAAACAUCAAAAUACCAAAUCUUCACAAUUUCUCUUCUCCGAAUUUUUCAACAAUGAAUUUUGGUAAAAAUAUAUCAAUUCCACGACCAUCUAUGCCAUCAAUGCCUUCUUUAAACGUCAACAUAGAAUUUCCAACCGUUACUUUUCAAACCUUUAUUCCACCUAGUUUUGUUGGAAGUUUCUCCAGAAAUUAUGAAAAGAGUAUAGAAACUACACUUGAUGACGAUGCUGGUGCCGGUAGUAGUUGUAAAAAGUUGGCUAGUGAUGCAAAAAAAAUGAAUUCUGAUUUCUGUAAUCAUGAUGAUAUUGGACAAGAUAUUACAGGAUUUUCAAAAAUUGCUAACAUGUGGCCAUUCUACGUUCAACAUGUCGUACCUCUUCCUUACAAACCAGAAGAAAGCCAUCCAGGUUCUACCCACAUCAAUAUUUCAAGUUUACAUCGUAUGGUUGGUUAUGAGCCUAAUAAUUUAAAUGAGGAUCAACUUGCACAAUUAGCAGACUAUCAUAACCAGAAAUUUAGAAAAUUAAGACAAGAUAAAAUGUUAUAUUUGUUUUGGCAAAAUAGCAUGGUUCGUAUGAAACUUACAAAAGAAAUUCUACAUAUUUAUAUGUGGGAUAAUGAAGUUCCAUCAGAUUUACGCUCUUUAAAUAUUGGUCAAAAUCAAAAUGAAAUUAUUGACGACAACGAAUUUGACUGGAAUAUUGAUCAAAAUGAAAUUAUUAAAAUUGAAGAUGACGGUGGCAACGAUAAUGGUGAAUCUAUUGAUAAUUCUAAUCAAUAA